ACUCUUAAAAACAUACAACUUCAGCUAAACUUAAUAAACAUGUACAAAUCUAUUGCUUGCAUUGCCCUCUUCUGUUUGGCUACUGUCAGCGCUGGACUCAUUGAAACCCAUCAUGUUGUCCAGGAACCUGUCUUAGCUAAGGUUGGCUCUGUUGUUCAUUCGGCUCCCUCGGCUGUGUCACAUCAAAGUAUUACCCGUUAUCACAACAAGGCUAUGGUUACCCCCGUUGUUACACCUGUCGUAAAGACUACUGUUCAUACCGCCCCUGUUGUGUCUGUGGUCAAGACUGCCCCUGUUGUUCACGCCGCUCCUGUUGUCCAUGAAUAUGUCAAGUCAGCUCCUGUUGUUCACACCUAUGCUGCUGCUCCCGUAGUACACUCUGUACCUGUAGUCCAUGCUGCCCCUGUUGUGCACAAAACUGUACUUCCCGCCACUUAUAGUUUCCAUCAUUAAGUUAUUGAAUUGUUAAAGACAGUUGGCAAAAUGAUUUGUUCGUUGUUUAGUUAAUAUAAUUAUAAUAAAAAAUUUAUUUAACAAAUCUUAAAAGUCAUCAAAAAUUAAUUA